CCAUCACGUCACCGCCGCCAUGGCUAUCCUCCGGGAUCCAGUCUUAGGACUCACGUGAGCUCGUGGACGGAUCGUGUUCUCCGAUACGCGUUUUACACGUAGCUCACGUACUUCCGCAACUCCCCUCACCUUUCUAGAGCAGAAAUGAGACUCAACAUUUCCUUGCGAAACCACGUAUACCUUUCUAAGGGCUUCCGACCAUACUGUAUCCCCACAUGGACGGGUCCGAUGUAUUCGAUGGCGAUGAGGACGCCGCUCUACGGUACGCCAUAGCUCUGUCAUUGCAAGAGUCUGGCGGCCACUCGUCCGAGAAGCCUAUUGAAAUCGGCUCUGACGACGACGACGACGAUGAUUUAGACAAAGGGCCCAAGUAUCCUCCGAUUGUACGAGGGGCCUCUAGCCAGCCUACUCGGCCGUCGUUGAGAGACGCCACGCCGAAGGAUGUGCCGAAGCCUAUGCAGCAGUGCACGUCAACGACGGCUGUAAACACGUUUGCGACUUUGGGGCUUGACAGGAAGAAAAUGGAAGAGGAGCGAUUGGCCAGACUCCGAAAGCGGAAAGCCUCAGAAUCCGACGCGGGCGACCAGGAUCGCCGACAGAGACCUAAGCUCGACACCGAAGCUCGGAUCGACUCGACGGCCGAGAGCAACCCCCGCAGACUCCCGUUCCCGAAGGGCGUGGUGAAGAAGACAUGGGCGGCCGGAUUUCCUCGCGAAGACGAUAUCAAGAUCGAGGAGGUGCUGCAGAAGGACGAGCUCGAGCUCGCUGUCCUCAGUUCGUUCCAGUGGGAUGAGGAAUGGAUGCUCUCCAAGAUCGACAUUACCAAGACUAGGAUAGUCUGCAUCGCUUUCGCUUCCAGCGAGGCGCAGCAGGAGGAGAUGAAGGCCAAUGUGCCCGCUUCCCGCAUCAGGUUCUGUUUUCCACCCAUGAUGCCAGCCGGAAACAUGCAUUCGAAGCUGCAAUUGCUGAAGUACCCCGGAUAUCUGCGGAUAGUCGUGCCGAGCGGGAAUCUAGUUCCUUUCGAUUGGGGAGAAACGGGCAGCCUGGAGAACAUGGUCUUCCUCGUGGACCUGCCCCGGAUCGAAGAUGCUGAAUCGCGUGCCAUUAAUAAUCUCAAUGAAUUCGGCGAAGAGCUUUGCUACUUCCUCCGCGCCCAAGGCUUGAACGAGAAAUUGGUGGCCAGCCUCGCUAACUACGACUUUUCGGAGACGGACCGCUAUAGAUUUAUCCACACCAUCGGAACGUCCCAUGUCGGUGACAAGUGGCAGCGCACGGGAUACUGCGGGCUAGGCCGAGCCGUAGCGUCGCUCGGUCUCAACACCGACAAGGACAUCGAGGUCGACUUCGUAACCUCCUCAUUGGGUUCACUGAACAGGGAAUUCCUCACGGCCAUUUAUUUUGCUGCUCAAGGCGAUGAUGGCCUCAAGGAGUACGGGAUGAGGGCCUCGAAGGGCGCAAAGCGCAAGGCGCCGGAGCCGACGGGGCGGGAGCCAGACCUCGAAAGCAGAUUCCGGAUCUAUUUCCCGUCCCGGGACACCGUGGUGCGGAGUCGUCUAGGGGAGAACUCCAAAUGGUGGGACGCGGCGACAUUUCCCCGGGCGCUGGUCCGCGACUGUCAGAGCACCCGGCCUGGUCUCCUGAUGCACAAUAAACUCAUGCUAGUGCGCCCCUCCCCUACCACUUCUCCGUCCUCGUCAUCAUCGGGAGAAGAGAGGUCGGCCGGGGGCGCCUACGCGUACGUCGGGAGCGCGAACUUGUCAGAGAGCGCCUGGGGCCGCCUGACGAAGGAGAGGGGCACCGGCAACCCGAAGCUCACAUGCCGCAACUGGGAGUGCGGCGUUCUCGUCCCCGUUCGCGCGCCCACCACAAGUGGGAAGGAUCUGGCGGCUACGUUCGAAGGCGUGGUCCCCGUGCCUAUGGGGGUGCCCGCGGAGGCGUACGCAGCCUCGAGGCGACCCUGGCUGUAUCUCGAGAGCUGAGCGAGGGUUUAGCCAGGGUCCUCUCGGGCGCGUUAGGCACGAGCAUGGGCGAGGCUAGCGUCGGGUACAUUCUGCCCGUCCACCGUGUGGAGGCGGGCGGGCGG